AUGACAAUCAAAUUAGCAGCAGUUACAGGUACCUAUAUGGGUAUUUUAGGUGGUUAUUAUUUAUAUUUAACUUUAAAUGUAGUAAAGGAAAGACAAAAGGCUAAUAUUGCAAUUGGUGAUGGUACAAGUGCAAUCAUUCAACAAUUGAUUGAUGGUAAAAAUGAAACAAUUGAUCACUCUCGUUAUCAACCACUUGUAAUUGCAAUUAGAGCUCAUGGUAAUUUUAAUGAAUAUAUUCCUUUAAUUGGUGUACUUUCAUUAAUAAAUGAACUCCAUGGUGCACCAUCUGGUUUAAUACACCUUGUUCUUGGUUCAUUCACUCUUGCUCGUAUUGCCCAUGUUCAUGGAUUAAAAGAAAAACAUUCAAUAGGUUUAGGACGUAAAGUUGGUGCAGUUUCAACUUUCUUAACUUUAGGUCUUGCUUCUGUUGGUUCAUUCUAUUUCUCAAAUAAGGAAUCUAUCCAUUCAUUAAUUGGUAGAUAA